AUGGCGAACAGGCCCUCACGCGCAACAGUGCCUGUUUUUAAAAUUACUCCAUCGGCAGCAUUUUAUCUUCGCAGUUCUAUUUACAAGCUUACAACAAGGAAACAUCCUCAAGUUCGCACAAACAAAAAACGAGAUAUUCAUACGUAUGUUAAAGCUGAGCAAGUUGUUAUUUUACUCCAAAACACAAAAAGUUGGCAAGAUGAAGAUAGUAAAGAGCGGUUUACUAAUCAAGUAUUGACUUUAACUUAA